AUCAGUCAUAAAUUUAAGCUCAAACAAAAACAACAAAAAAAUAUCAACAAAAUAAAAAUAACAAAAAAAUUUCAAAAUGAAUCCAGUGCAGAGGGAAAAGGAGUUGGUCAAAAUGCUAAUGCCAAGAACUAGGAUGCUUGUGAGCACCAGCAGAGCAGACUAUGUGGACCAUACCGGAAAAGCUGUAUACAAUCCACCCAUAAGAAAAAGUCAGGAAGACCCCGCCCUAAUAACUGGACACCAUUCCGCAAAUCUGAAAGUCUCUGGUGUGCAGACGAUAACAAAGACUUGGCCCCAAUCAAUGGACUGGCGCGAGGACUAUGCGCAGUUCAUAAAGCGCAACAAGUGGUGCAACGAGGAGAUCUACAAACUGUUCUUUAUGUGUCCUCCUGUUGAUUUCAAUCUUCUUAAGAGCUUUCUUAAGGAUCUGCGCAAAUCUGUUUAUAUGUUAGACUACUCGCGAAACGACUUCGUUUCUUUUGUAAGUCGACGACGAUUAAAAAGUGGUAAAUACUUAGCCUGUGAAAAUGGAGACUACCAGACCACCUAUGGCUGCUAUUAUAAUCGCUUGCAGGAAACUGAGCCAUUUAAGAGCUCCCUAUAUCCGGAACCCUCGAUUAAGGAUCAAACAAUGGACCGGAUUGCCAUCGAGUUGCGCAAACUGUUCACAAAGUACAACAUGACCACCUAUUUUGACACUAUAUGCGUCCCAGCUUUGAUGAAAGCUAAGAAUGGCGUAAUGCCCUCGUCACCCAUUGAUCGCUACCAAUUUCGCAAAUACUAACAGGGAUUCAAACUUACACCUCUUCCCACUCGUGGAACAGCGGCAGAAGGCGAUUGGAUUGGGCCACCGGCACAAAUAUCAUAGCGUAUUUCAAGUACACAUUGGAUUCCUGAAAAAAAUGUAAAUAUUAUUUUAAGGAUAUCAAUAUAGUAGCCUCAAAAAACUUAUACUAAAUGUAAAGUCAACUUUUCGUAUCUCAUUAAAAUUUAAAAGGUUUAGA